AUGUCAGACCAAAACAAGUACGGAAACAAGCUCCAGGGCCAGAGAGUCCUUAUCAUUGGCGGCAGCGCAGGCAUUGGCUAUGGAGUCGCCGAAGCAUCGCUCGAGAAUGGAGCUCAUGUGACAAUCUCCUCUUCAAACGAGUCCAGAGUUCAAGAAGCUGUCUCGAGGUUGCAAAAGGCAUACCCAUCAGCCGCCCAACGAGUCGAGGGGUAUGCAGCAAACAUGGGCGAGCAAGCCAGCCUCGAGUCGAAUGUUGAGCAACUCUUCAAGAAGGCUGGCUCGCUCAAUCACGUCGUCUUCACAGCAGGAGAUUCUCUAGCUAUGAUGCCGCUCGAAGAGGCAACUAUGGACAAGACUAUCCAAGCAGGCAUGGUCAGGUUCUUCGCACCUCUGAUGGUCGCCAAGCAUGCAGCAAAGGUGCUCGACAAGAGCCCAACCUCAUCCAUUACCCUGACCACGGGCAACGUCUCGGAGAAGCCCAUCCCUAACUGGAGUGUCAUCAACGGAUUCGCUACUGCCCUCCAAGGCUCGACAAGAGGUCUAGCGCUGGACCUGAAGCCCAUCCGCGUCAACUUAGUAAGCCCUGGCGCUGUAAUCACCCCACUGUGGGACGGCAUCCCAAAGGAACAGAGGGAGCAAAUGUUCAAAUCGUUUGCGAGCAAGAUGGCAACGGGCAAGAUGGGUCAGGUAGAGGAUGUGGCCGAGGCCUUCCUGUACGCCAUGAAGGACAAGAACUUGACAGGAAGCAUGAUCAGUACAAACGGAGGUGCAAUGCUCAUGUAG